GCCCAGCAUGCAGGGGGUGUCAUAACUGAGGACGACUUCAGCAACUACAGUGCCCUCGUGGAGAAUCCCGUGUGUGGCGUGUACAGAGGCCACCUGGUUCUCAGUCCCCCUCCCCCGCAUACGGGUCCUGCCCUCAUCAGUGCUCUCAACAUCCUUGAAGGCUUCAAUCUCACCACGAUGGUGUCCCGGGAACAGGCUCUUCACUGGGUGGCAGAGACCCUGAAGAUUGCUUUAGCCCUGGCCAGCAGACUGGGAGAUCCUGUCUACGAUUCUACCAUCACUGAGAGCAUGGAUGACAUGCUCAGCAAGGUAGAAGCCGCCUACCUCCGGGGCCACAUCAAUGACUCCCAGGCGGCCCCUGCCCCACUCCUGCCCGUCUACGAGUUGGAUGGGGCUCCCACAGCGGCUCAGGUGCUGAUCAUGGGUCCUGAUGACUUCAUUGUGGCCAUGGUCAGCUCCCUGAACCGCCCCUUUGGUAGUGGCCUCAUCACCCCCUCGGGGAUCCUGCUCAACAGCCAGAUGCUAGACUUCUCGUGGCCCAACAGGACUGCUAACCACUCUGCACCCAGCCUGGAGAAUUCGGUGCAGCCAGGGAAGCGACCACUGUCUUUCCUGCUGCCCACCGUGGUCCGGCCAGCGGAGGGACUCUGUGGGACCUACCUCGCCCUGGGGGCCAAUGGAGCUGCCCGGGGCCUCAGCGGACUGACCCAGGUUUUACUGAAUGUUCUGACCUUGAACCGGAACCUGAGUGACAGCCUGGCCCAUGGCCGUCUGCAUCCAGACCUGCAGUCCAACCUCCUGCAGGUGGACAGUGAGUUCACAGAGGAAGAGAUUGAGUUCCUGGAAGCCAGGGGUCACCAUGUGGAGAAAGUAGAUGUCUUAUCCUGGGUCCACGGCAGCCGGAGAACCAACAACUUCAUCAUUGGUGUGAAGGACCCUCGGAGCCCAGAUGCAGCUGGAGCCACCAUCCUGUAGAGCAGCAGGGUGGGGCGGGGGUCUCUGUUCCCCCGCUUUGCAUGUUCCUAGAGUCCCUCCUUUUCCCAGGUUUGGUCUCAGGGGGACCCCAGGGAUGCCCUAGAUCAUGGGCCAGAGGGGAUACUUAACAAACCCUAUCCCAGAGUAACUGGAAAAUUCUCUAACCAGAAGCCUGUGGUGGUGGUGGUGGUGAUG